CUAAACGUUUUCAAAGUCGAUUAUUUAUUUUUGUGUCAUAAAACUCAUAAAUAUUUUGUUUUUACAAUUUAGAUAAAGUAAAAAAUCGUUGUCUUUGUAUGCGAGACGAACCUUGAAGGACUAUGAUGGCUGGUACUAAAUUAGAUGUUAUUUGGUCCCCUGUUCACUUGGAUAAAUUUAUAAUAUGGGGUCCAGACAUAACCUUAUACGAAGUUGCUCGAUUAAAAGAUAUCGAGAAAAAAACUGCCUAUACUCAAAUAUCUUCAACUCGUGGUGCGACCGUGCUCGCGUCGCAGAGUGCGAGCGGCGUGCGCUGCGUCGACAUCAGCGCUAUAGCGGAGCAGCCAGACCCCCUGCUGGCCCUCGGACACUCUAACGGCAGAGUCUCUCUCACAAGUCUGAAGCAGACCUAUGAUCCUUUAGGGCUGGUUGGCAGAGAAUUUGUUCCCAGGUACCCUAGGCUGUGCAAUUCAGUAUCAUGGAGCCACGUGGAGACAAAUCUUUUGAGUGUAGCUCUGGAGAAGCACCGCAGUGACCACUGCAUCCUCGUGUGGGACGUCAACCGGGGCUUGCUGCCUGACGAAUCAACAAUAGAAGUAGCCUCGCCAUCCACAUCUUCAGAGCCCGCCAGGCCUAUUGCGGAGAUGGGGCUUUCAGAAACCUGUCACAAUGUUUCUUGGACCAACUCACCUGACAGGACCCUGCUAGCUUCCAUGAACAUGAAGUAUAUCAAAAUAUUUGAUCUUAGAGACUUAUCAAACAAGGCAGUAAUGGUAACAACCACCCGGCAUUGCUACGGCGCGUGCGCGGACCCGUUCAGCCCGUGGCAAAUAGCGUCCCGCGGCGACGGCUGCGUCUGUGUAUGGGACGCAAGGGCAUUCGACCGCCCGCUGCUGACGCUGUCCGUACCGUCGGCGACCAAGAUACAGUGGUGCCCCACACGACGAAAUCUGCUAAUGUCCCUCCAGCGAGAUUCGACCACGCUUCGACUCCACGACAUACAGCAAGCCAACAACGACUACAAAAACGGACAGCCUACUGACCUGCAAGCGCCAGCAAUGGCAGUGGAGGCGGAGUUAGAAGAGUACAGCCGAGGAGUGUCGGUGAUAGAGCGAGACGUAACACCCGGCUGCGGGAGACUGGCCAGUUUCAGUUGGCAUCCAGCUCAUGCCGUCCGAACUCUAUGCGUCGCUCCAGGCACGAUAACGGACUACACGGUAUGCGAGCGCGUCACGUGCUCGUGGGGGUCCGGGCUCGUGUGGUCGGCGGGCGGCGGAGCCCUAAAGUUGAUGAAGGACGACUUCUACGAGGCUAUAGACGACAUCUCCUUCAAGAUGAGGAGGCGGGCGCUGACCGACUAUGGACUCAAGCCAGACAUGUGGCAGAACGCAGACUUGGCCGAUGACGAGGCUCUGGGUGGACUGUGGCACUUCCUAGCUCUUAGCAAAUCUCUCGUAGAGGACGGCUGCAUACGAAACAGUCCUUGGCGACACCCAGGAGUAUGCACGGUGCUCCGAGCACCCGGGGACGGGGGCUACCGCUCCGAAUUGGUACCCUCACUUCUACCCGACCUGCCCAGCCGCCGUGUUACAUUAUAUCGGAGUGCAGAACGAACACGUGCCUUACAACUGUGCGGCUGGGGGUGGGGGUGGGAGAACGCGGGCGCCGGCGUGGAGCGCGCGGAGGCGGAGGGCACGCCGUGCCGCGCCGCCGCGCUCGCCGCCUUCCACCUGCGCCUGCGCACCGCGCUCGACAUCCUGGCCCGCGCGGCCGCCCCGCAGCUCCGCGUAGUGGCCCUAGCUCUAGCCGGGCUGAGCGAGGAGCGGCUGUGGCGCGAGUCUCUGUCCGCCGCGGCGCCCGCGCUGCCGGACGCGUACCUGCGCGCGCUGCUGCACUUCCUCGCCGCCUCCUCCUCCGCGCAGCAGCACGCCGCGCCGCCCGACCUGUCCGCCCACGCCGCGCCGCCCGACCUGUCCGCCGUGCUGAACGAAACAGAAAUGCGGCUGGAAGACCGCGUGGCUUUCGCCUGCAUGUACCUGUCGGACGCGCGGCUACACGAGUACAUACAGCAGAGCGCCGAGCAACUGGUACAGAGAGGCGAUCUCGCCGGCAUCCUGCUCACAGGCAUGGGAGCUUCUGGCGUGACACUGCUGCAGCGCUGGCUAGAGAACACAGGAGACGUACAGUCAGCCGCGCUACUAGCGGCUCGCUGCCUGCCCGCGGACCUCAUACCCACGGCUUGGCUCGACAGUUACCGCUGUAUCCUGGACAGCUGGCAGCUAUGGUGGGCGCGCUGCGCGCUCGAUACAUGGGUUUCACAGAACGAUUCCAACGCAGAAGGCGUUCCUAGACAGGUAUCAGUGGCGUGUACGUAUUGCGGCAAGUCGGUGGCGGCACCCGCCGGACAGAACCGCCCGCGGCCCGCCUUCGCGAGGCUACCUCCGCCGGCUGCUAAAAUGAAGCAGAUCUCGUCGUGCCCGAACUGCCGCAAGCCGCUGCCGCGCUGCGGCGUGUGCCUGCUGCACCUGGGCACGGGCGCGGCCGGCGCGGGGGGAGGCGGCGGGGCGGGCGCCAGCUUCGCGGGCUGGUUCUCGUGGUGCGUGGCGUGCCGGCACGGCGGACACGCGCACCACAUGGCCGGCUGGUUCAAGGAACACUCGGAGUGUCCGGUCAGCUCGUGUUCGUGUCGCUGCAGCUCGCUCGACGCGCCCGACCGACACUAGCGCAAGGUUUGUUUUGAACAUUUGUUUUGUUGUCAAUUGUUUUAUGAAAAUGGUGAAGAUUGCUAUCGGCGAUUUCUAUAUGUUUUGCACAAUACAUAUUUUGAUAUUUACUUUUGAUUAACCUAUUGAAUACUACGCCUAUCGUGUGCUGCGCGUUAUCAUGAAAGUAUCUGAAUCAAAAAUAUGCUGGUAGAUAAAUAAGAAAACAAAAAAAAACUCAGAGAAUUUAUUUUGUAUAAUCACUCGUAUAUAAGUGACUCGUUUCUAGUCGAUACUUGUCCUAGUUGUUUUUACCAAAUGCGUAAUUAAUCCCGUAAAAUGCCCGUGCUAUAACAGAAGCAUUCCUUUUGUAUUGAUUACAUCUGGUGACAAUAUAUAUGUUUUGUUCGAAUCAUGUCAUAAUUAUGUUAUUUUUAGAACGGCAUCUAAUAAAUUAUAAUUAUUGGUACCUGAGUCUAUAUUUUUCUACGACUCACACUAAAUAAUAUGUACGAAAACAAAGGGGUCUAAUAUUUGUCAACAUAUAAAAGUAAUGUUUUUUUUAGAACUACGAAUUAUUUCGGAUUGAUCGAAAUCAUAUAAAAUUAUUUUAACUGUGUUGCGUUGAUAAAUCUUUUAUCUUUAUUUUAUCAUAGUUUCCAUGUCUGUCACCAUACAAAUUUUAUACAGGGUGAAAUUGUUAACUCUGACCAUACUCUGAGGGGUGGAUAUGGAGGUCAUACUGAACAACGUUUACUGCGGAGCCUAUCUACCUAUUCACCCCUGAGAGUUUGGUCACAGGUAUCAAUUUCACCCUGUAUUUGUAGGCAAAUAAUUGAACUAUUUUUAUACUUAGGUAAGCUUAUAUUUUUGUACAAAACCCUAGGCUAAGUUUGUGCUAUUCUGUUAAGUUUUUAACUGCCACUAUAUUUUAGAGGAAGGGAAGAUGGCAAUUUAUAUUGGAUAGUGUAGUUUUUUUUAUAAUAAAGAAAGCUUUAGUAGAUUGUGAAUGUUUUUAUUCAAUUAUCUGUAAAUACACAUGAAUCUGCUGAUCUGUCCAGUAUAAGUUUGCCAUCGUGAGACUUAUUUAUAAAAACAAAAUUACAUUUAAAAUAAAAAUGCUCAUAUAUUUCCAAAUAUAUAUAUGUAUAUAUACAUUUAUUAAAUAAUUAUUUCAUCUGUAUUCCAAUUUAACAAUAAAAUUCUCAAAGACA